AAGGGGCCAGCCCUUGCGGUUCUUUUGUGUUGAAUGUCCUCACACCAGAGGCCUUUCAUGACCCCUCUUUUGAGUAGUACCUUCCCUAGUAUGUCACUCACCACCCUUUCUUUCCUACACUGAUCAAAAGUUGCGAUCUUUUCAUUUGUUUUACUUUGAGGCCAAAUGAGAGAAAUUCUCGGUUGCGGAGAGGGAAGGAGACAACAGAGUGGCAGAAAACACCCGGCAGUCCAUAGACCCGGCUGCACAGGCUACAGCGUACCGCUCCGCGAGAUUCAAAGGCUAGGUCUCUCUUCCUCGGGUGACGGGAACCAACCGUUCAGGCUCUGCCGAAAAUUCUGGUUUGAACCUUCUUGGUCAACUCGGUGCGGUUCAACCCCCAGGGUCUCCGCAGGAAGCACGAUUUCCCAAGAACCUCUAGGCGUCCGGAGUCGAGUCCCCACUAGGCGCGUUCGGUGAGCAAUCAUUGUGGGCGGCACAACUACUAGCGGAACGAUCCUGCCUCCGCCCCCGCGAGAGUCGAGGACUGCGAGACCUUCGUCUUUAAAAUCGGCCCCUUCAACUUUCCGAAGGGGCGGGGCGACGAGCGGAGCAGCCCGGCUCCAUCUCUCAAUCCCGUUGGCGCUCACGGGUGUCGGGCUGUUCAAUAACAGGUCCUCUUCCGGAACUUCCUGGUCGCCGCAGCCAAUCAAAGUGUUCUUCCUGUCCUUACCCUUGUCAGGUCGCAGCCAAUCGGCGCGCCUCUACCUACACCCCUUAAAGGCGCCGCCACCGCCUCCGGCGCCGCGGUGGACCAAUUCCUGGGUUCCGACCCCCGCCGCAGUAUGGAGUCGUCUCAGGGGCGGCCCGGGCCAGAGGCGGGCCUUCUGGCCGUAGCGGAACUAGAGGCCACGGUUUUCCGCGGCGGGCCGGACCGAACACCCCCUCAGCCGCCUUCAGGCUUGAUGGUGUCCGGAGAGGAAGGGGCGGAGGACGUUGGGGGCUCGAGCCGCCACCUCAGGGCGUCCUCGAAGGUUUCGAGCAUAGUCCACCGGCCGGAACGCGAGGCUGGCGAGGUCGAGUCCGGCCCCCGAGCGGCGCUGUCUGGAACCCGGAGCCGCCGCGGAGUGUCAGGUCUCGAGCACGACCCGCCCCCGUCCUCCCGGGACAGGGACCCUGAGCCGGCCGAAGAGAAGCCCGCUUCCGAGAGGUUCUGCCGUCGAGGGAGCCCGCGAGGCGGCGAGAUGGAUGUCGAGCAACUACCGAGGGAGGAGCAAGACGACGGCGAGGAGGCAGAGGCAGAGGCGGAGGGCAGGGCUGGUCGCUCGUUCUGCAGCCGCCUUCAGGACAGCCGCAGCCUGGACGGACUGAGCGGGGCGUGCGGCGGCGCGGGGGCCGCAGCGGGGGCCGAACCCAGCGCGGGCGGUGGACGCCGCGCCACUAUUUCCAGCCCUUUAGAGCUGGAGGGCACAGUAAGCCGGCACGGCGACCUCACCCACUUUGUCGCCAACAACCUGCAACUCAAGAUCCGCCUGAGCGGCGCCCCUCCGCCUCUCCCACCUGCCCCCGUGCGCCCCUGCCUAACGCCCGCACCCACUCCCACCAUCCCACCCAUAGACGCCGACGUACUACGAGAUCUGGAGCGGCUGAGUCGGGAGCUGGGGGGCCGGGUGGAUCGUCUGCUUCGCGGACUGGGUGGUGCGGUUCAGGAGCUGACGGCGCUGAGCGUGGGCUGCAUCCAGACCUACCGCGACGCCGUGGACUCCUUAGGCGAGGCCGUGGACAUGAGUAUCAAGGGCAUGUACACCCUGCUGGCGCGCUGUGAGGAGCUGGAGCGGGCUCUGCAACCGGUUCAGGGGCUGGCUCGUCAAGUUCGAGAUAUCCGACGCACUUUGGAGGUGUUGGAGGCACUGUGCAAAUAAGCAGGAGAGCGCAGAGGCCAAGGCUGGCCAGGACAGGACCCAGCAAGACUUUAGAGACUCUUCCAGGUGGAGGCCUGGUGGGAACUGCCUUCCUGAGGGGAGACCUCUGUGCUGGAGAUUUUCCCUCUGCAUCUAGCUGGUCCAUGUCCACCCACUUGGCCUUAGGAGGCCCAUAGGGGGAAGGUCUAACAGUCCUGAUGGGAAGGGGAUGUUGCUCUGCUUCUAUUCUGCUGGCCUUCUGUAGCUACCCUGUUCUUACCAACUUCCCUUCCCAGCUAGAGCACCAUCCCUAGGAAGCUAGGGUCUGUGGUCUCAACUUGAGAGUGGAGACCUGACUCCACGUGAGAUCAAGACAAACAGAGAAUGUCUCAACCCCAGUGUGGCCAUCCUGGCUCGGGUAGCCACAUCUCAGGUGCCAAGGCCUUUGGGAGCUUGAGUGUAGGCAAGGAUACACAACUGCAGAUGGAUGACCUCUGAACCUACCCUCUGGUCCCCACAACACUGCUUCCCCAGCCAGAACUGGGGUGGAGCCAAAAGGAAUGCCCUGCAUGGUGGAGGGGGUGAGGUGGGAGGUGUCUCACUGCUCAGGGUUCAGGUAGAAUUGUUGCUGGUCUUGAAGCCCACCCACCUGUUGUGGAAUGUUCUAAUGCAUUUUAGCUUCCUGAAUUUUUGUGGAAUUAAAGUGCUGCUACUGCUAAGGCUAAAGCUGCAUCUGUGUGUGGUUGCAGGGGUUGACUGGUCAAGAAACGGGAAUGAAGGUUGGUCUUGUUCGCGGAGCUCUUUGGGGGCAGUGCUGGGAGUGGGGUGGUGGUGGAGAUCCCAGAGAAGGUUGUUUCCUGCCAUUAGGGGAUCCAAGGGGAAAUUGGAGGCCCAGAGCAUGCAGGCAGGAGCCCAGAAGUCCAAUAAAAGCAGAAAUGAAAGCAAAGUUCUGCAGAAGAGGAGGGGGAGGGGAAGGGGCUAUCUUUUUAGGUCCUGAUGAACAAGGCAUCUCGUCAGUUGAACAUCUUGACUGUGAAGGAAGAUGGGAACAUCUGAGACAGCUCUAUUUCUGACCAUUUGUCAGUCCACUAAUCUGCCAUAAUGAUUUGAGACAAUCUUAUCCCAAAUCCUGACAUUUCUGUUUACAGUUAACAUAGUUCAGGGGCCACGUAAUAAGACCAUGCAAUUUUGAUACAGAGAUCACAAAACUAUGGUUCACCCCCCACCCCAAGACUGUCCCAUUUUGAAUUGACCUCCACAACACCAGGAUCUUUUCAAUGUGAGACAAGCUUUCACAAUAUAGCCACAGCCAUCUCAGUCCCGGAAUUACAUGGGUUUCUUUUACAGGAUGUAGAGAAACGAAGGUUGUUCCUUUGACAGGGUUUGAAAAGUUCUAGAAAUGUCCUACCCUGUGAGACUUUUGAUAUACAAAAUUGAGCCUCGGUAACUGUACUCCAAAAGUGACUGUAGUGGCCCGUACGGGGAUCGAACCCGCGACCUUGGCGUUAUUAGCACCACGCUCUAACCAACUGAGCUAACCGGCCAGCUGGCAGCUUUGGCCUGAUAUAAUACUAUGUAAAGCGUCUUUACUGCUUAGUUUUGUUCUACAAAGAUUUUUACAACUGUUUUUUAGAUUUAGAUGAUAUAAAAGAAUAUGUAAACUGACCAUUUAGAAUACAUUGACAGCUCAGCAAUUCCG